AUGAAGACUGUCGCCUCCCCAAUAGGGCAUGCAGACGACGAUGCAUCGCCUCACGCGAAGCUCGCUGAGUUCCGUCCCACCGUCGCCGCCAGAGAGGGUCGUCGGGAUUUUUCCUACAAGGACGCCCAUCAUCGUCACCUAGUCUAUGUCCCUAAUUGGCCCCUGUCCACGCCCAACUAUACUGUACGAAGUAGCCUGCCCAUGUCAGUCCCAGAGUUGGCCGACCCAUCACACGCAAAAUACCCGUUCCCGAGUCCUGCCUGGUCCGUGGAGUCGUGGUACCCCAGCAUCUCUGGCCUGGACCCCGGGACCAGCGCCGCGACUGGUUGA